GAUUUUUGGUCAUACAAUAAAGAAACGCAGCAAUUCAUUGUAAGCCCUGAACCGGAUGUUAACGUAGUGGAUCUGACGGACAAACAGCUGUGUUUGAUACUUGGCUCAGAUGGAGUGAGCACUGUGAUGAGAAACAAUCAACUGGUUCAGAUCGUGAGAACUUAUGAAAAACUGGGACCCAGCAAAGAUGGCCGAUUGCAGAAUCAUUCACGAUUGCUUUUGCGUUAUACGUUGCGAGCUUGGGGAACAAUGCGAGCUGAUAACAUAUCGCUUAUUACAGAUGGCCGAUUGCAGAAUCAUUCACGAUUGCUCUUGCGUUAUACGCUACGAGCUUGGGGAACAAUGCGAGCUGAUAACAUAUCGCUUAUUACAGUGAUUUUUGAUAAGCCAGAUACGGUGUUUCAAAGCACUGCAAUUUUGAACAGCGAUGAUAAUAUGAAUUUGGAUGCGGCGCUAACCGAAUACGAGAAUUCGGCCAUCGUCAUAGGGCCAGAACAUUGUCAACAGAUCGAAACACUGCCUAUUGAUCUCUUCUAUAUAGGUCUCACCGAUCCACUUCGUGCAGUUAUGGAAUAUAAGGGGCCUGGAUUUGUACGUGACAUUAAGAAAACGUUGGAUUACAUAGAAGUGCCAGUAGUACCAGCUGCAACACCUCGAAUUCUUAGUGUGUCAGAACUGCUGGCUUUGACGCGUCGACCUGAUAACGCAUGUGGAGUUGCUGUUGAGAAACCCAAGGAUGAAAGUAUAGCGGAAACGACGCAAGAACAUAAAAAAGACGAUGAGAACAUGAUAUGUGCCACAGUUGUAGUUGAUUUACAGGGAAAAAUUUCGACAAUUGACAAUAAUCCUACCAAUUCAGAGGUAUAA